AGGCGCGCCCCUGACGGCGGUUGAAAAAUGGCGACUGUCGCCGAGCUGAAGGCUGUUUUAAAGGACACGUUGGAGAAAAGGGGAGUAUUAGGGCAUUUAAAAGCAAGGAUCCGAGCUGAAGUUUUCAAUGCCCUAGAUGAUGAAAGCGAACCCCGACCAUCAUUGUCUCAUGAAAACCUUCUAAUUAAUGAACUAAUUCGGGAGUAUCUGGAAUUCAACAAAUAUAAGUACACAGCAUCUGUCCUCAUAUCAGAAUCUGGUCAACCUGUAGUUCCAUUGGACAGACAGUUUCUCAUCCGUGAACUAAAUGCAUUUGAAGAAUCAAAGGAUAAUACAAUACCUCUUUUAUAUGGAAUUUUAGCUCAUUUCUUGCAUGGAACUAAGGAUGACCUCCAAAAUCCAUUUCUGAGACGGUCUUCACUUCAGCCUCCAAACCCAAAUCUUGGCGAACAACCUAGCAGAAGAAAGCAAAGGGAUGACCACCUAAGAACGGAGAAGGGGAAUAGUGCUAACAUUGAAGAGCCUCUUGUUUCUCAAGCGGUGAAGAGAUGACAUUUCCAUUUGGGGCAUCUUUAGUCUUAAAAUUGACAUAUUUAUUCUCUCAACAUAACCAACAUACAUCACUAAUAUUUGUCCUUUGUAGAAAUUUGAGUUUCUGCAAAACAUUUAGCCCCUCCUGUUUGGCUACAAUUGUGAAUAAAGGCUAACUCUGUCGUCUA